AUGGCGAACGGAAACACCACUACAGAUAUCCAAGAAGCUGUACGAUACGAGGUUCAGAAUGGGCAAUUAACGAGCACGACCGGCGGAUAUGUAUCGACGGCCCCAGGGAUCGAGUCGCUACCAUUCGCCCUGACUUCUGCUCCGGAGGUCAUUUCCAUCAACUUUACAGUCACUAAUGGCGUUCUUGUAUGGAGCAAUGCUGUGUUCACAGAUGGUAAAGCCACUUUGUACAAAACGCCUACAGACCUGGUCGACAAUGCUCAAAUCAUUGCAAGACUCUCAGGUCCGACAUCUAACGACUGGGCUGCUGUGGCCUUGAUGGCCAUGCCAGUCUCGGGCCCAGUUACUGCGAAUGCAUCUCAGUCCACAUCCAUGGCAUCGGUAGUCUCGAUUGGGCCAGCUUCGACGUCUGCGGUGACGAGCCAGUCUAGCCUGGGCUCACAGACUGCGCAGAGCAAUACGGGAGGACCCGCCCCAUCGUCGACCGGCACUUUCUACUCAGCAAUGUCCUCGAGUCUUUCAGUCUCACAAACGACGAGCUCAGCUGUCGUUUCUGGCAGUAUUACCAUGACUUCGGCCACUACUUCGAGCCAAAGUGCCAUUCCGACAUAUGCAUGUCCAGCGAACAACGACUCGACUGUGGGCGAUCUCGAAGGCAUACAAUACACUAUUGGUUGCGGCCAAGCUACCACCGGCGAUACCUUCGCGUCUACCACAGUCUCGAGGUCAUUUAAUGAGUGCUUUGGACUUUGCGACCAACUUCCCGGCUGCCUUGCGGUCUACUACGAUGGCGGUAGCAAUGGCGUAGGCGCAGGCACAUGUUGGUUCAACAACCAGCCCGCAUCAUUCCUACGAGACGACAAGCUACAAUACUUCGUUUGCAAUGGGUCUUUCUAUUCCCUCAUCGACUUUCACCUCAACAAGCAUGAUCUCCAGUCCUACGUCAGUCCUUGCGGCGAGCACUACGUCAGCUUCGUCAGCUAUGUCAGUCUCCAGCGCCCCAUCUACGUCGAGUUCUUCCUCGACAGUAAUUUCAACUUCAAGUCCGUUCGCCAACAGCGUGACCACUUCGACAUCCAUGACCAGUUCUACAUCCUCCUCAACAACUUCUACCAGCCCUGGAACAAGUAUCUCUUCCACGAAUAUUCCAGCCGUAUCGAGCUCCUCGCAGACAAGCAGCUCAAGCCUGACCAGUACCACGUCGGUGACAUCAACGUCCAGCGGUAUGUCGAGCUCUUCACCAAGCUCAAGCAUUCCGAAAUCAUCUAUGACCAGCAGCUCAAGCAGCACGUCCUCAUCUGUAUCCUCGACUUCAUCAAGCGCAAGCAAUGUCAACUCGCCAACCUCGACUACGUCAAGCUCAAGCAGUGCUGUUUCAUCUACGAGUACAUCCUCGGCUUCCAUCUCCAGUACUUCAAGCACCCCCAGCCGACCAAGUACGACGAGUACGAGCUCAGGCUCAACCUCUUCAAGUACCUCGUCUGUGACAAGCAGUCUUUCUUCCCCGACGAGCUCAUCUUCGGGAAGCUCCGGCGCCUCCUCAUCGGGCUCUUCGAGCACAGUCUCAUCUACCAGCAGCAUUUCGUCUCCAAGUUCGACAAGCAUAUCAUCAAGUACAGGUUCUACCUCAUCAAGCACGUCCACGCAAAAUACACCGAUAUCUACGCCUACAUACACCUAACUCAAGCUGGCAAUCCCUGCUAUUCGUGGACAUGGGCUAGCGGUGCUUUAACGAACACUUACGGCGUCGGAUCCGGAACUUGCUACUUCAAAAACUUCCAGACAGCCAGUUUCACGACGGUGGCCAGCGGUAACAAUGCUGCGAACUAUGUUGGGGCGAUCAUGGCGGCCCAUUAUGAUCCAAAUGGCGACACUUACCCUCCUGGGAUCAUUCAUACUUCCAGCUCCACCUCCUCUGCUCAAAAGACAACGACGACCACAACCACAACACCCACUUCAAGCAGCUCGUCAACUUCGAAUCCUGCGAUUACAAGCAUGAGUUCCUCUUCCUCAUCCUCAUCCUCAUCCUCUACUACAUCAACUUCCUCCUCCACAUCAACCCGCAGCACCCAAUAUCUCGUCCUGCCAUCCCCGACGCCGUGCGACUUUGGCGAUCCACAAGGCACAGAUGAAGACGACAGCUUCUGCGACAUUCCCCUGAGCUUUCCUUUACAGAUCUACUCCAAAUCCGACACCACCAUCCACGCCUCCACGAACGGCUACAUCUCCAUCCUCACCGGCUCAUCCCAAUACCAGACCAGUCCUCUUCCCAACUCGCAUAUCCCAAACAACACCGUCCUGCCAUACGCAAGUGAUAUGUAUCUCUAUGGCAGUGCGUACCCUCCGCAAGGUAUCUUCUAUCAAGCGAGCAGUUCAAACAUCACACUCGAGUACUACCUCGGACGAUACCAGGGUAGUGGGAUGUACCAUUUCACCGUCGCAUACAACACGAGCGCACCGGGCGUGUUCGUGUAUACAUACUACACGGUCGGUGGCUCUACUGACGACGGAGUGAUGGGCGUGGUCGGGGCGCAAGGAGGUGAGUAG